CGGACUUGCUCAAUCACAGUGCCACAACAUCGACAGGAUAAUUACUGUGACGUAUCGGCGCAAAGGAGUGACUGGUUCGUUUCUAUCUCGGUAAAAGAGUCCGUCAGCUUCGAUCGCGAUUUUGGGACUUGCCUGGCUGUGCCUUGCCAAUAGCUUCGGCCGUUACAACUGCACCAACGAGGCACUCAAAUCGACAACACCACAACGCCACGAGUCUAUCUCUCCUUGGGCUGUUACACAAUCUAAAGAUACGAUAUGCGAGAAGCUCUCGAUCAGACAUGAUGGAGACGAUGUCGACACAAGAGCAGCAGCUCUGCGAAUUCCUCAAGACUCAACCCCGCGUUUAUCAGAAUAGGUACACAGAAGCCGCUGAGAAUGCACUCCUACAGAAUCUUUUCUGGUCUCUCGCAGGCGGACGACCAGAUUAUCUACGACUCUUCUUUCCUGACAAUACUCGACCCCUUCCAAAUGCAACCUGGAAGCUGAGAAAGGCACAAGGCGGGGCUGAUGGGGACGAGUUCACCGAGGCAGCAAGAGGCAAAGCAUGUGGGCAUAUCUUCAAAGCUGGUGAAGCUACAUAUAGGUGUAAGACAUGCAGUACAGACGAUACCUGCGUGCUCUGCAGUCGUUGCUACGAUUCUUCAGAUCAUACUGGGCACAUGGUGUACGUCAGCGUAUCCUUGGGCAACAGCGGUUGUUGCGAUUGCGGAGACCCAGAGGCAUGGAGACUUCCUGUGCAUUGCGCGAUACAUACAGCACACGAUGAAGCAUCACAGAGCAAAGGCAAAGGAAAGGCCGCAAAUCUCCCUGCCGAGCUCAUCGAGGCUGUACGAAUGACCAUUGGACGAGCGUUUGACUACAUUUGCGAUGUCAUUUCCUGCUCUCCAGAACAACUGCGAUUACCGAAGUCCAGGGAGACGGUCUUGUUGGAUGAGAAAAUGUCACGGCUUACUUCGAAGUACUACGGUGGUGAUAUUGUUGAGGAACCAUGCGAGUUUGCAUUGCUGCUAUGGAACGACGAAAAACAUACAGUCAACGAAGUCCGCGACCAGGUAGCUAGGGCUUGCAAGGUUGCCUUAUCAGAGGGGCUUCAACGAGCUCAUGAGACCGAUGAUGUAGGGAGAAGCAUCAUUAAGUACAGCAACGAUGUUGAUGAUCUUCUAAGAGUUUCCGGAAUCAUUGAGCAGAUCAAAGUUACCGUCACUAUCCGAUCGGCUCGAGACACAUUCAGGGAGCAAAUGUGUGGUACUAUCAUCGAAUGGUUGACCGAUAUUGCUGGGUGCAGCGUGGGAUCUGACCACAACAUCCUUCGCUAUGUCGUUUGCGAGGAGAUGCUGAAAGUUUGGAGCACGGGCAGUGAAGCUAGCAAUAAGGAUGUUGGUAUGAAAGGUAUUGAUGACCACUCAAUGGAGGAGGACACCGAUUAUCGCCAGGAGAUUCUGGAUCGCCAAGCGCAGAUCAUGAGAGCUGCAGCCAUUGCUGCAGCCGCCGCCUCAGAGAGUGACGAUAGCGACGAUGGCAAUUCUGACCUUGAAGACGAAGCGGAUGAUGAGAUUGAUCAGGCAAUGAUGAAUACGGGCACUGAUGAAGAAGACGGAUCCGAUCUUGAUCCACCCGACGCUGUCGAUUAUCUUUUCGCCGGUCCUGCAGCAACACAAACAGAGACUGAUGCAGAUGGUGAUGUUGACAUGAGUGGAAACGACCGGGAGAACUCACCCAUGGAGGAAUCAGAAGCCACUAUAGCUGGCUACCCACCACCUCCCCCGCCUCCACCUGCACCUCCGAGACCAAUGCGGGACAGAGAUAUGACCCCCUCGGACUCCGACACAGCAGAAAUUCAGCCGUUGAUAUCUCACAAUGUGUACGUCAAAGCUGGUAUGGAGAUUCCAAAGACGCCAAGGAACAAGCCGCAAGAAGAACAUCCCCCAAAACCAGCCAGAUACUGGCUUGAAACUCCAGAAGGAUAUAAUGUUAGGGAAUCAGUGCCACUCCAUGAGGAUUUAUGGCGACGACUUCGGCUGGAUUGGAUGAUUUUGUUUGAUUUGCGCAUGUGGAAGAAAGUCCGAGUUGACCUUCGAGACCUUUACAUAUCGACAGUUGUGACAAUUCCUGACUUCAAGCGAAUCCUCGGCUUAAGAUUUGCGGGCCUUUAUACAACUUUGGCACAACUUUACCUUAUUGCUGACCGAGAACCGGAUCAUUCCAUUAUCAACAUUUCGUUGCAGAUGUUGACAACACCGACUAUUACUGCCGAGAUUGUCGAACGAGGCAAUUUCUUGACAAAUUUGAUGGCAAUAUUGUAUACCUUCUUAACGACGAGACAAGUUGGUCAUCCCCACGAGAUUGUAGGAAAUGCUACUCUGGCGUUCGACUCAGGCUCGGUCACCAAUCGACGCAUGUAUCAUUUCUUCAUGGACUUGAGAUAUCUGUUCGGCUCAGAACAUGUCCAAGAAAAGUUGCGGACAGAGGAAAGAUACAUGAUGCAGUUCUUGGACCUCGUCAAGCUUCAUCAAGGUAUCUGCCCGAAUACUCGAGCGGUUGGCGAGCAUGUGGAGUACGAAACCGAUGCCUGGAUCAGCGCUUCCUUGAUCACACGGGAGAUCAACCGCUUAUGCAGACAGUUCUCGGAGUCAUUCAAAUGGAGUGUCGGCGAGGACCAUACCUACAUCUUCAGAGCCAUCAGAUUAGCGGCCAAGGCGGUUAUCUUGAAUUCUCUCGGUACGGAGAGAAAGCGCUUCGCACAAGCUGAGAUCAAGGAUGAGAUCAAGUUCAAGAAAGUCGGUGACUACGAGUUUGAUACCACUGAGAUGCCGAACAGCGUACUUCAUCACUCUGUCGUCAAGUUCGUGGUGGAAUCGCAGCCGAUCAGUUUCCACCACGCUCUCCACUAUACCCUGUCAUGGCUCAUUGAGUGUGGCAAGAAUAUGUCCCGGGAGCAAUUGACGCAACUUUUGAGCUUCACUACUGCCGAUUUACUACAAAAACCGCGAGCAAUGGGACCUCGGACCAUGCCAAGUCAAGAAUACAAUCCCGAGGAUCACAUGAUUGCCGCUUUUGACUAUCCCUUGCGCGUCUGUGCUUGGUUGGCUCAGAUGAAGGCGGGCAUGUGGGUUCGUAACGGGAUGAGUCUUCGGCACCAGCAAGGCACCUAUCGUGGUGUCAGUCAACGAGAUGUGUCCCAUCACCGGGAUAUCUUCCUCUUACAGACGGCCAUGGUUGUAUGCCCACCAUCUCGUGUUUUGGUCUCCAUCAUCGACCGCUAUGGCUUAGAGCAUUGGAUGAAGGGAAUUUAUGAGCAAAAAUCGGAUGGGCUCGAAGAUGGUCAGGUCUUGGAUGUUGCAGAAGAUCUGAUUCACCUCCUCAUUGUACUCAUCAGCGAUCGCACUUCUCUGGUUUCGAGUGACGAUGAGCCAAGUCCUCAUGUCCUUGCUAUGCGUCGGGACAUUACCCACGUCCUGUGUUUCAAGCCGUUAUCUUUCUCUGAAAUAUGCGGCAAGCUCCCGGACAAGUUCCAAGACCAAGAAGAAUGUCAAGAUAUCCUUGAUGAGAUGACAACUUUCAAGCCUCCGGAGGGCCUAUCUGACGUGGGAACUUUUGAGCUAAAGGAACAGUUCCUAGAGGACAUUGACCCUUAUAUUGCUCAUUACAACAAGAAUCAACGAGAGGAGUCAGAAAAUGCAUACAGGAACUGGAUGGCAAAGAAGACCGGCCGAGCAGCAUCCGAUAUUGUAUUCGAGUCAAAACUCCGACCAAUUGAGUCUGGCGCGUUCUCGGACCUUUCAGCUUUCACAAGAACUGGCAUCUUUGCACAGAUCAUUUACUAUGCACUGUUGUAUCCACUCAAGGCUCAAGACCUCACACCGUCCGUUCAACUUACGAGAGUUGAAGCAUUCUUGCAGGUCGUCCUUCACCUUGUCCUCAUUGCGAUAUCCGAAGACAGAACUGAUGAAGAUGAAAUGUCCGAGGAGUCUCUCCAAUCAUUUGUCUACAUUGCCCUGACGAGCACUGCUCGCAGCAACUUCCUUGCUCAUGCUCCAGCUUCGAGGACCAUCGCCGCAGUCUUGGAAUUGUUGUCUCGUAAAGAAGAGUUCAAGGCUUGCCACUCCAAGAUUACCCUUGUGCUGAAGAGAAUGAAGCAAAAGCGCCCACGCAACUUCGAGACUGCAUUUGCGCGGCUGGGAGUAUCCGUUGACCGCAUCUCCACAGCCUCUCCAGCAAACAACAACGUUCUCGAAGAUCGCGAGAAGAAGAAACAAGCAGCGUUGGAGCGUCAAGCUAAAGUCAUGGCCCAGUUCCAGCAGCAGCAAAAAAAUUUCCUUGAUAAUCAGGGCGAUAUUGACUGGGGCGAGGAUGACACGAGCGAUGACAAUUUAGAUUCGGAGGUAGAGGAUCAUAAGACAUAUUGGCAAUACCCUUCCGGCACUUGCAUCCUUUGCCAAGAAGAAACCAAAGAUGGCAGAUUGUACGGUACUUUUGCUCUAUUGACCAAUAGCACUAUCUUACGUCAGACGGACUUCAAAGACCCCGAUUUUGUUCGGGAAGUCGCGAAUACACCAGCAUGUUUGGAUCGAUCCACUGAGAGCAUUCGACCUUUUGGCGUCGCCGGCGACAAUCGAGAAAAAGUGCACAAGGUCACCGCGAGUGGAGUCGAGAUCGUCAGUGAACGCCAGUUUAUUGGCAAAGGCUUCUCAUCCAGCUCCUGCAGAUCCGGUCCGGUUUCCGUGGGUUGUGGACAUAUCAUGCAUUACAAAUGCUUUGAAGUUUACUACGAGGCCUCGCACCGAAGACAUCAACACCAGAUUGCAAGGCACCACCCAGAAAAUCUCGAGUUGAACGAGUUUGUCUGUCCACUAUGCAAGGCAUUGGGCAAUUCCUUCUUGCCAAUUAUGUGGUCACCGAAAGAGGAGCUGUCAAUGAGCCACUUCCAGCCGCAGUCAUCGUUCGACGAUUGGGUCAUGUCGGUCGCUGGGCCGGAUGUUAUAAGCAGAGCUGACCGCAUCGACGCCAAAACAGGUGCAACUACGACUAGUUACUCUGUUGACCUUUUCAUGGAGCGCAAUAACAGCAUUCUUGAUAAGUCGUUGGCCCAGAAGAUGUCGGAACUCCUUAUCGAUGCCUGGAGUCCAAGUACACCGACUCCUUCUCUUCCGUUCUCCGCCACCCCAGCAGAUCUCAGACUUACACCUGGAGCAGUGGUACCAGCGAUCUGGGCCAACGAUGCUGGUCCUUCGAAUGCCAAUUCGCCAGCAACAGUUGUGUCGCCAAUGACGGAACUUGUAGAAAUAUACCGUCGAUUGAGGGAUACCAUGUCGAAAAAUGACCUGCCCACCGAGUUUUCAUACGUACAGGCUGGUUCCCCGACUGACAGUUCCCCAGUAGAUUUGUGUUCAAGCGAUACUUUGGCGCAAUGUUUGGGCUACUCCAUAUCUGCGGUGGAAAUCCAGCAACGUGGUGUUGCGUCGCAAGGUGGCAUGACCUUCUUGGAGACAAUUCCUCAACAGGCUCUCACCCACUUGAGAGUCCUUGCAGAGACAGUAGCAUCUUAUGUCUCUAUUGGUGGUAUCAAAGCUGCAGGGGAGAAUAGAGUUGCAAGAGAGUUCUGUAUCGACUACGAACGCCAACAUUUGCAGCUGUUCCUGCGUAAAGCACCACGCUCGGGAGUUGACACGGAAUCUGGGCUCAAUCUUCUUGGCAAGACUGGGAAAUCACUACUGGGCCAUGACAUAUUCGUAUUCUUUACUGAGGCGUCGCUUUGUCUUGCACCGGUAGACAACAUCGCCAUUAUGAACAUGGUCCGCCUGUGCUACCUUGCUGAACUAGUCAAAGUUGCUCUCAAGCUAAGCCGUAAUAAGGGCCGGUCAGACUAUUUGCCUUGGAUCGGCUGGAACUCAGUGUUGUCUGGACCCCCUCGUGGUCUCGAUGCUUUCAAGAGCUUCUGUGCCAUCGUUCGCUCACACGAUCUUGAAGAUGGCAAUCACCACAAAGAUGGACCAAGUACAGCGAUGGAACAGGCUUGCUUCAAUGGACUCGAAUCAUGUCACGCUUUCGCGAAGAAAUACGCUCUUGUAUUCCUCCGCAAAGUUACCAUGCUCCUCCACGUCCGUUAUGGUCUUGCAUUCCACCACCACAUACCCACCAAUCCUGACGCAGAUGAGUUGGAUCGUUUGACUGAGGCAUUACAUUUGCCAACCUUUGACCAGAUGUGUCAGUCAGCUAGCGGCUUCGAGGACAACCCAGCGAUUGAUACUCUCGUCAAGGGAUGGAUCAUGCACGCCAACACACCACCACAUGACCCAGCAACCAAGAUUUCUCUCAGUCAUCCUACUAUAUUCGAACUCGUCGGUCUGCCAAAAAAUUAUGAUACGUUGAUGGAAGAGACAAUGAAGAGACGCUGCCCCAACACCGGCAAGGAUGUCAGUGACCCAAUGCUGUGUCUCUUCUGUGGUGUGAUUACUUGCGGACAGAGCAUCUGCUGCUUGAAGCAAGGUCCUCCCAACCGGAAUGGCAGAUCUCAGCAGAUUGGUGGCGCGCAACAACAUAUGUUGAAGUGCCAAAAGAACAUCGGUCUCUUUAUCAACAUUCGCAAGUGCACAGUAUUCUACCUCUACCACACCUCAGGCUCUUGGAUGGUCGCACCGUAUAUUGAUAAAUACGGUGAGGUAGAUCCGGGAUUGAGGCACAGUAGACAGUUGUUCUUGAACCAGAAGAGAUAUGAUGCGCUUUUGCGGACCGUUUGGUUGGGCCAUGGCGUGCCCAGUGUGAUUAGUAGGAAGCUGGAGAUGGACAUCAACAAUGGGGGUUGGGAGACUAUCUAGAAGAGAGAUGGGAGAAGGAAUUGGAUGGUGGUGAGAUUUCAAGAAUGGGAGGAUAUCUGCUUAACGGACUUGGCGUGAGACGGACUUUAUGAUGGGAUGAUGGUGUGGGAUGGACAGGACUAUAACUGGUGUUUGAGCGGGUAUGACUUGAUGCGUUUGGAUGGCGUGAUAGAUAGAGGGUUUAGGGAUUAUGGUUGCGUUCAUGAAAUUGACGGUCUUUUCCUGAAGCUCGUUUUCCUGAUUUACACUCUACUUUUCAUGCAUACCAAGUCUAUAAAAUUGGUUGCCUUGAACUGCCCCUCUUUUAAGCGAGCCCCUUUAUUUCUCGAGAGUAUCCUGGCUCGCGGUGGACGGAAAAAGCAACACUCAUUUUCAAUGCCCCAAGUCAAAGUUGG